AUGAUGGCUUUCCUGGCGCUGCAACAGCUGCAGGGAUUUUUCCACCCGGUAGCCCGUCAGCUCUUCGUCUCCACCAUUGCGGCGAAGGUCGAUUAUGCCGUGUCAGCGCGAUGCUCCAUGCGAGAGGACAACAUCGUCGCCGCGCAAGUCACGCGGUCGUUCGAUCACAUCCCGCGGACCAUGACCCAAGCGAUCGUGGAGGCCGAGGCGAGAAAUGAGCCGACCGUCGCCCGCCCCCAAGCGCGCAUCAUCAAGCACUGGAUCAUCCGCCACACAUUGCCGUGA